AAUAACUGAAACGAGUUUGAGUGACUAAGAGCCAAGAUCAAGAAAAAUCAUCAUAAUAUUAUAAAAUAUAAUAGGUAUUUCAUAUAUAAACACAUAUAUGCAGUUAAUCAAUUAAUGAUUGUUUUAUGUUUAUAGAAAACAGCCAAAAAGUAAUGCCCGGAGAUAAUCACCUUGGACCAGCAUGGCCUGAAAACGUUGGAAUAUUGGCAAUAGAAAUAUAUUUCCCGCCUCAUUACGUUGAUCAAAAUGAAUUAGAACAAUUUGAUGAAGUCUCUACUGGAAAGUAUGUCAUUGGACUUGGACAAUCAAAAAUGGGCUAUUGUACUGAUAGGGAAGAUGUCAACUCCCUCUGUUUGACUGUUGUUCAAAAACUAAUGGAAAAACACAAUAUCCCAUAUGGAAGUAUUGGCAAACUCGAGGUAGGAACAGAGACUUUGCUCGAUAAAUCAAAGUCUGUUAAAAGCGUUCUCAUGCAACUAUUUCAAGAAUCUGAAAAUACUGACAUUGAAGGAGUUGAUACUACUAACGCUUGCUAUGGGGGUACAGCAGCUUUAUUUAACUGUAUCAAUUGGUUAGAAUCAAGUGCAUGUGAUGGUCGAUAUGCCAUGGCCGUUGCUGCAGAUAUUGCAGUUUAUGCACGAGGGAGUGCCAGAUGCACAGGAGGAGCUGGUGCUGUCGCAAUGUUGCUGGGACCUAACGCUCCUAUAGUCUUUGAAAGAGGGGUUAGAAGUACCCAUAUUCAACAUUCCUAUGACUUUUAUAAACCAAAUAUGGAAUCGGAAUAUCCAAUUGUGGAUGGAAAAUUAACAAUAGAAUGCUACUUAUCAGCUUUGGAUAAGUGCUACUCAAAAUAUAAGCAAAAAUUUUCUCAAGUAUAUCCUAAUUCUAAUGAGUUUUCCAUAACGGAUAGUGAUGCAUUUAUUUUUCAUACGCCAUAUUGCAAAAUUGUUCAAAAAUCGUUAGCUAGGUUAGCCGUUCAGGACUUUAUAAAUCAUUGUGGAAAUUGGCCUGAGUUAGAAAAAUUCAAAAAUAUUGACCUCGAAGAGUCGUACUUCAAUAAAGAUUUAGAAAAAGCAGCUAUGAGUGCUACCAGAGAGCUCUUUGAGGAGAAAACAAAACCUUCAUUGACCUUAGCAAAGAAUGUCGGAAAUAUGUAUACGCCUUCUGUUUACGGAGGACUUGUGUCUUAUUUACUGUCUAACGAUAUAGAUAAGUUACCAGGAAAGAGGCUUGUUCUAUUUUCAUAUGGAUCAGGCUUAGCAUCUUCUAUGUUCAGUGUUAAAAUUGAUAAUUCAGUUUCUCAACAACUGAAAAAUUUAUACAAAGGUAUAGCCGAUGUCCCGGCUAGAUUAGAAAAGAGAAUUAAGGUUUCCCCUUCCGUUUUUGAUAAAAUUAUGAAAUUGAGAGAAGAAACUUGCCAUAAAGCCCCCUAUUUUCCUGUUGGAGAAAAGGAUUGCCUUCUCCCAGGGACAUUCUACUUAACCAGCGUUGAUGAUAUGUUUAGAAGAAAAUAUGCAAGAAUACCCCCAGAAUCCCAUAACAAUUUUAACCACACGUCUAAAUAA